UUUAGUCCCGAUCAAUUGAAGUUUAGAAAUGUCCGAAGCAAUCUCCCAUGGAAGUGAUAACGGGAGUGAUUCCAGUCUUAUCAAAGGCAAGGUGAUCGACAUGAAGGGAUAUGGAACGCCACGCCGCGCUUUGGGUGAUUUGAAAAAUGUAUUCGCAACACCGGUUAGUGCUGCCAUCAAACGAAGAAUUCCAGAAAAGUCACAGUCGUCAUUCGAUGUUUUUCAUGCAAAGGAAACCAAUAAAGAUGAGAGAAAUAUAGUUUCUGCUCCAGAAACUGAAGAUUUCAAUCCAUUACAAGAAGUUGACGAUAAUAUCGAGAAGUUCAACUUCGAAGAACGCGCAGAGACAUAUGAAGAGAUAUUUCCUAAACCAGAACAAAGGAUUGAUGUAGCCGAUCUGUUGCACAGCGUGCAAAGCGACGAUCGCUUCCUGCGAAGUCUUUUCAGCGAAUUAUUGGAUGAAGACAGUCUCAAAUUGUUAAAUGAAAAAAAUCCAAUAACAAAUGGAGAAUGUGACAAAGCGCUUACCGAAAUCCUUGGUGUUGAAAUAUACGAAAAAUAAUUCGAUUAUUACAUUGUGACUGAAAUGUUUUGAAGCUUGUACUAAUUGUCAUUUUUUGGAUUGUCCUUUUUGAAUUUAGUAGUUUUUAUAUUUGCUUUUUCCUCUUGAUAGUUUUGAAACGAUAUCCUUUUACAUGUUCUCGGGUUUUGCCUGAAAUUUUUGGCCUUAAUUACGAAAGAUGAAAGGAUUGGAAAUCGGC